AUGCGCGAUCCCCAAGGCUGGAGCUUCCACGGCCAGAGUAUCGACCGGCACGGACGGAUACUGCAGCUCGUGCGACACCUGCUCGGCUCCCGCGGCCAGCCCGCCAGCCCCUUUGUCUACGAGUGCGUCAUGGACGCCAUGGCCGACCCAAAGGGCUCGGCCGAGGGCGUGCGCAAGAUCCUCGACGACUUGGCGUCACAGGGCAUGAAGCCCACGGCAGCCAUGUGUCAUGGUGCGUUGGCCGCACUGGCGAACCACCCAGACUACGCGCUCCGGCAGGAGGUCCUGGACAUCAUGCAGGAGUUUUGGUUUGUCAUCGAUACGCCAGCCAAGCAGAGUGUUGUACUAGGCCUGCUGCGUGAUGAGCAGUACGAACUAGCGUACGCGAGGCUGACGGAGCUGAUCGAUGCGGGCGGGCGCAUCGACCCCUGGGUACACGACAUAUUCAUCAUGGUAUUCGGCAAGCUGGGGUUCCUGGACGAGAUGCUGCAGCUGAUGCAUCGUCGCAUGAGCGGGGAUGUGCAUGGCAGCGCGGCAACGACCUUGCUGUACUUUGCCCUGGAUGUCUGCAGCGAGGCGUUCCACUACCCUGGGACAAUGUUUGCGUGGAAUGCAGCGGUGAGAAACUCACUGUUGCAGCCGCCCGAUGGCGUCGUGGAAAACGUGCUCGCAACAGCAGCACGGCACGGAGACGCUUCCUUGGCGACGGAGACGCUCGACCUCAUCGCGCAGAGAACCCGUGUCAUGGCGUAUCAUUACGAGGCUGUCGCUGAGGCGUUUGCGAGGGCGGGCGACAUGGCAGGGGCGUUCCGUAUCCUGUCCAUCAUGAAGAAGAAUGGCAUCCGAGUCGUGCGGGGAAACACUCGAAUGGUGUACGAGGCGCUCAAGGGCCGGCCUCGCCUCGUCAAGGACGCCGAGGGGGCGCUGCGAGGCCUGGCAUCUGACGGGCUGGUGCCGCUAGCCGUGGUCAGCGUGGUGAUGGAGGCCAUGUCCGAGCUGGACGGCAGCGAGAGCGCCAUGGGCCUGUACCACGACGUAGCCGCGCUAUGCGGCCAGCUGCCCGACUCGAGCUUGCUGCAAACCCUCAUGGUCAACAGCCGCGAGCAGGACACGAAGCGCACUUUGGCGAGAGACUACAUGGCCACCAUCGCCGAGGACGACGACGCGAUGCGCAACGCGCGCAUCUACGAGGAGCUCAUCCCGAGCUGCGCCGAGCUUGGGGAGCUCGACUUGGCGUUCCGGUUCGCGCGGCAGGCUGCCUCUCUGCCCUCGGUGAGCGGCCGCGGCGCAGCGGUGGCGGCGGCACGGAGCCACCUCGGGUGGUUGCGACGACUCGUCGAGUGCGCUGUGGAGCGCGAGGACGGGCGCAUCUGGGAGGUGGUGGACCAACUCAGCAGAACGGGGGACGCCGAGACGACGGCCAAGGUGCAGAGGAUGCUGCAGCAGACGCGACUGGCCCGACGGGCGAGCGCGUCGCCUCGAAUGAGCUAA